CAGCCAUUAGACUCAAUGGUAACAGACGAAGCCUCAAAAGAGCCAACCCUCAUCCUUGCCACUCUUUAAAAGGCCUAGAAUCAUUUUGUGUACCUCAACACCCAAAAGUAAUCAUAUCUGUGUGAGAGAGGCUAACAUCAUUAUUACAAUGGCAAGGUUCGCAGUUUCUUCUAUGGCUUUCACAGCAGCAGUGCUUGUGUGCAUGUUGGUUGUUGCUUCACAUGUUGAUGCAAGUCUAACAUGUGCUGAGGUGACAAACUUGUUGACCCCAUGUAUCAGUUAUGCCAUUUUUGGAGGAACAGUUCCUCCAGCGUGUUGUGAAGGUAUUAAAGCACUCAACGCUGCUUCAAAUACCACACAAGAUCACAGAGCCGCAUGUAGUUGCAUCAUGGAUGGUCUUUCAAAGAUCCCAGGAAUCAACUAUGAACUAGUUGGAACACUUCCUCAGACUUGUGGCACUACUUGUUCCUACAAAAUCACACCCACUACUGAUUGUUCCAAGGUGGACUAAUUCUAUUUCUACAUACUGGAGUAUUCUAUGAAGAUAAAAAUAAAGCUUCAAGGAAAGCUAGCUUCCCUGUGUGUUAUGGCACAAUGUUGAAGUGUUAUUAUUUAAUAAGAAAUAGUAUCAAUGUAUACGGGUUAUUAUGAAAUAAUCCAACCUAUUGAACUUACAGAAAUUAUUAAUAGGACUUAUUUCUACUUUUGCAA